GGCAGCAAUUGCAAUUGUUUUCCUUGUCAUGUUUUACAGUACUUUUUCAGUUUGUCAAGUAGUUCCUUAUCACGAAAAAUAUAUUGAGCAGUACUUGGAUCAUUUUAAUUUUGCUAGCUUUGGAAACAAGACUUUUAAACAGAGAUAUCUUUUUCAAGAUAAAUGGUGGGACAAGGAACACGAUGGACCGAUUUUCUUUUAUACUGGCAAUGAAGGUGAUAUUAAUGGAUUCUGGGAAGCCAGUGGUUUUGUAAUGGAUAUCGCCCCUCAGUUUGGAGCAUUAGUCCUCUUUGCUGAACAUCGGUUCUAUGGGAAGUCCCUUCCAGCAGGAGGUGACAGUUUCAAGGCUCCGUACAUCGGUCUGUUGACCAUUGAACAGGCACUGGCUGACUUCGCUGUGCUUCUCACUCGACUCAAGACACAACUCAAUGCCAAAGGAUCUCCUGUCAUUGCUUUUGGAGGAAGUUAUGGAGGGAUGCUGACUGCCUUCAUGAGAUUCAAGUACCCGAACAUCAUCGACGGUGGUAUUGCAGCUAGUGCUCCCCUCUUCAUGUGGGUUCCAGACUUUGAUCGGAGCUUUUUCUUCAAAACUGUCACUCAGGACGUCAGAGAUGUGAGCCCUGUUUGUGAAUCAAAAAUACGGGCAGCCUUCCAAAAAAUGAACGAUCUUGCAUCUGAAGGGACUAGAGGCUUGGAAGAGAUUUCGAGACUGUUUAAUCUGUGUAAGCCGGUCACCAAUCUGCCAAGCUACAAACAUCUACAGGGGUGGAUUCGCAACAGCUUUGCCAACAUGGCCAUGUUUAACUACCCGUACGCAGUUCCCUUGUUCAACUUGCCGGCCAACCCACUUAAUGUUGUGUGCAAGUUGGUUCUGAUGGCUCCCAGUGUUAUAGCUGGUCUAGCAUCUGCUGCUGGUCUCUACUACAACGGGACUCACGGGACCCUGCCCUGUUUUGACAUCUACAAGGAAUAUGUGCAGUGUGCUGACCCAACAGGCUGUGGUCUUGGCCCUAAUGCCAAGGCAUACGAUUAUCAGGCAUGUACAGAAGUCCGCCUACCUGAUGGCACCAACAAUGUGACUGAUAUGUUUCCUGUGUUGCCAUGGACGCAGGACAUGAGGCGUGAAUACUGCGAGAAGACUUGGGGAAUUUCACAACGACUUGACUGGACCACUAUACAGUUCUGGGGACUGAAAUUAAAGUCUGCCAGUAAUCUAGUCUUCUCCAAUGGUGACCUUGACCCCUGGCAUGGGGGUGGGGUAAAUAAAAGUAUUUCCAACACAGUUGUUGCUGUUUUAAUUAAAGGUGGAGCUCACCAUUUGGAUCUCAGACACCACAAUCCUGCGGAUCCUCCUGGAGUGAUCCAAGCUCGGGAGAUCGAGAAGACAAACAUCCAAAAAUGGAUCCUUUCGGCCAAGACAUCGCGAUCACAAGUGUAACAAGAAGAAUAGAUCUAGGAAAGAAUUGUGUUAUUAAUGUAUUAGCCCCCUACUGGUCCAACCGGAGGGGACUAUAGGUUUCAUCUCUGUCCUUCUGUCUGUCCGUCCGUCUGUCCCACAUAUGUUUUCCGGAUGUUUUUUG